AUGGUUGGCCUGGCCAGACUGAGGCCGGGACCUCCCAAGUGGCGGCCGGGACUCUGGAGCGUCGAAGUCCGCGUCUCCCAGCCUCCCCCAACCCCCUUUCUCUCCUCUGUCGACUUUGCAAGCUUUUCCUCCUGGGUCUGUGCUUUCCUCACUCCCCAGCUCAGAAAGGAACUGAAGGGAGAAACAAGGCGAAAGGGGGCGGGGCAGAAAGGAAGAAAGAAGGAAAAGAGCCUCAGGCCCUGGCCCAGAGUCAAAUGGGCGUCGAGAACACAGGCCUGGCCCUCGGCCGGCGGCCGGGGACUGCGACAGCCGCUUCCUCUGGAUCCUGGGCUUUCUACUUCCGCUCUUUUCUUGGAUGAAUUCCUCCGGGCUCCGAGCAUUGGCUUCCCACAGGAACUCCAACCAUCUGGAAACAACAACAACAACAAAACAAAAACAAAAAACAAAAAAGCAAAGCAAGCAAACAAACAACAAAAACAAAACAGGACCACCAAAGGGGGAAAUUUAAAGGAGAGAGAAACCAUGAAGAGAGAACCGAAAAAACGCAAAAACACGAAAUUUAAGACUGAUUUAGUGUCAGUCUCUACUAAUAAUGGUACUCUCCUCCUAAAAGCCGUCAGGAGCGUGGAGGACAGAUUCGCCAUUCUUGUAAAACCGAGAACUUCUUUGAGAGUCGCUCAUCAGAGACCGAGCCACUGAGCGCCUAUGGUGGAUGCUGGUGGACUUGGGUCUUGGAUUCUGGACAGACUUGUGACUUCCUUGUCUGUUUCACAAAACAUCAACAUUAAAGUGCUGCUACCUCUUGA